GCUGCUAAAAAAGUUAUUUUUUUUUCACGUUUGUCUCUACAAAGUUGUUAGAUGUAAGGUCACACUCUUACGUAACUGGAAUUGCUAGGUGUAGAGGUUGCAGGGAUUCUGACUCAUCACCUUUUGCGAGUCUAAAGUCCCACAACAAACAACAUAUGUCAUUUUGAUAUUGUGAAGAAUCACCUUUUUUCCGUAAAAGCUAUAGGAUUACUCCUACCCACUUAAAUGAGGAGCCAAUAAUAAGAAAAAGUUUGAAUCCAAGAACUAUGAUGUAGCCUAAUACAAUAUGUUCACUAUGAAAAUGAAUAAGCUCCAACCUAAUUUAGGAGCCAUCAGUGGGUUACAUUGCUCUAUGUUUUCUGGAUUGUUAUCACGUUCUGCAGUAAUACAUCAUAGUAAAACAUUAUUUAUUGCUACCAUAUAGUAGUGUGAAUCAUUGCACAAUAGGCUGUAAUACAUGCUUUUACCCAGUACAUGUUGAGAUUAGCAUGUAUUCCAACACGUCACCCAUGUUUGUUUAAAGCUGAGAAAGAAAUCAGAAACAUCACAAUUAAGUUUUAUUUUCUGGUUCAAUCUAUGACUUUUGAAGAAACUUAAGUCUGAUCUGAUUUAUUCUAAGCACAUAGUUUUUGAUUUCCUCUUGUAAUCAUUUUAAGUUGAGGCUGAGUGCUUUGUUUUCACUUCUAAAAUUAAAAUACUUUGAAAAGGCAGAAAAUGAAUAAAUGAGUUGUAUAAACACAUAAUUUAAAAGUUUAGGGGUUAUUUUAAAUAACAGUUAUCUUAAUAGAAAUCCCAGCAUUAAAAAGUGAAGAAGAUCAAACGUGAGAAGUCAAAAAUGUUCUUCUUUUUUACGGUAUUAGGGCAGAGAGAUGCCUCCCCAGGCCUGACAGUCAAAACAAGCCACAGAAGCUUCAACUUUAAUCCUUAGUAACCAUGGUAACGCUGUUCAUCUGUUUUCAGAGGGACAUCCAAACAUGAUUAUGAUGCGACUCUGAUGGGACACGUGACUCCUUCUUUGUUCCAGGCUCCACCCCUUUCACGUGAACGCGCCUUAAGCCGAAUUAGAAAAUCCAGGGUUAACAAAGCCCGUCGCUAUAUUGCCUGAUGUCGCUGCUCAUCCGCGCUCCGUUCCCGCCUCCCAGAGGACUUUUCAGUGCGACACGCACGCGGGAGCUCGCCACCGCAUCGACAGAGUCUGGCGUCACCAACUUCACCAGGACGUGAGUGGCGAUUCGAUUACUAAAUCUAGCAUUCUAACAUCUCGGAUAACUGCGCGCGGCCGCUCAGCCGUGUGAGGGGAGAGCAAUCGAGCGCCGAGAUGAUGAUGAUGAUGAGCUCAGACAGAGACUUUCAGAUGAUCAGGAAGCAGGAGAGGGCUCACUUCUUCAGCUCCAAAGAGCAGGAACUCAUUUUAAAGUUGUAUGAAGAGGAGCGAGAGAUCCUCACUGCUAAAUCCAACACCACCAGUGCCUCCAAACUCAGGGAGGAAGCCUGGCAGAGAAUUGCUGAUAAAAUAAAUGCAGCUUCAGAUAGUGGAUACAAAAGGACAUGGCAACAAGUCAAAGUCAAGCACAAGAACAUUGUCCAGACAGCAAAAAGAAAGAUGGCAGAGGUGAUGAGGGCUGAGGGGGAUUCGGCCACGCCCUCUCUGACCUCCGCCGAGGAGGACGUGCUGCAUCACAGGGACAGCUCGCUCAGAGUGGAGGUCCUCCCUGGGGGGGCCUGCAUCGGCCCCAUGAGUGGAUCUGACAGCUCUUUCAUGAGCGUGUCUGGCCAUCCAGUCCUCCUCCUGCCUGUAACCAAGACUGAACCAGAGAGCCUGAGUGGAGACGACACUGACAUCAGCGAGGCUCAUUUUGAUGGGGAUGUGCACCACAGCAGCUUCCAGGAGGAAGGGAACUCUGUAGGAGCUACAACGGGGGGCAGCAGCACCGAGAAGCAGACAGACGACCUCAAGACUCUUUACUGCUCUUAUCUUAAAAAGGAAAUGGAGAACCGGGACCAGGAAAUGGCGUACAGAGCACUUAAAAUGAGGAAGUUGGAAAAAGAAAUUCAGUUACUUGACAAACAGCUCCUGUGACACUAAACAGCAGGAUAGUUUUUUUUGUUUUUUUUAAAUACGUGCUACAAUGUUAAAGAAGACAUUUUUUAACAUCAGGCCAGACAGUAGCAGCACAAUCAUCUAGCUCUAGUAACCUAGAACAGCAACAUCUUGUGUGUGAGGAUGUUUUUAUUUAAAGUCCCACUCCAAUCUUCUUCUGAUCUAUUCUCAAAGCGUUCCCAGAGGUUUUUUAAUCAUGAUUAUGCUGUUUUUAGCCAAGACAAAAAAACUGUCGUUUUCUAGAUCAUAGUUUCUACAGAGCAGCAGUAAUUAAUCAGAAAUUCACAUCUUAGCUGUGGGCGAAACUGUUGGCAUAGAGCAAGCCCGCCCCCACUUCCCAUCACCCACCUGUUUACGCCUUCUCCUGCUAGCUUACAGCUCCUCACAACCUCAACCUAACAUGUACCAGUGCAACAAAAGUGGUUCUAUUUUUUGUCUGCUUCUG